AUGCUCGAUUUACGCCGUCUUUCGACCAUCCUUCUUGGCCUAGCAAUCAGCCUCGUGAUUGUCGGUUUGACCACAUCCUACUGGGGCUGCGGCAGUCUGUUUGACAGUUGUCAACGGAUGAUGCGUGAUGUGUCCAUCACUGUGAUUGUUCUCUUGCUCAUUGGUGUUGUCUGUUUGGCGAUCGUAUUCAUUUUGGAUCUGGUCAGUCUGUGCACCGAAUCCUUGGCCUCAAGCGCCGGCUACAUCACUGCACGAUUUGUAUUGAUCUAUCUGGGCAGUACCUGCCUACUGAUCGGGAUCUUGGUCUACACGGGUAAAAUCGGCCGUGCGUGGUCUUAUUUCGUUUCCACCGUCGGUUGUGUGUUUGCUAUCCAAGUGGCUAUUCUGGCCAUCAUGUCAUCCAGGUGUACGGCUAAACGAGAACGAGUGGUGGUUACCCGAACUGUGCGUGCUUAA